AUCAGAGGCGCAGGCUGGUCGUUCAGAUACCCCACCGAGGAGCAUCAAGAUCGUAAACGCGAGAGCAAGCAAUGGCGACGCAGAAACAGUGUCACCUCACGAACCAGGGGCUAACCUCACACACGAGCAUGACUCCCCCCUAAGUCGCGCAGGGUUGCUGCAGCCCAGAAGCUUCAUGUCCUCUCAUUCGAAGUUGCCAAAGCAGUUCGCCCCCCAUGCCCAAGAAGCCAUCCGAGACAGCACGAUGCAGCUGUCCAGCUUGCCCCUGAAGUCCCCGCUGUCCGCGAACUCAUCCGAGUCGUUCAUCUUUCCGACGAGGUCGCUCCAGGUCCCUCCGGAACAUGCCCUUUCAAUAUCGGCAUCGCUCAGGUCAGACAUCACUACGGACAGCGCCACGGACAUUAUGUCCUCCUCGACAGAGACACUCUCCUCUGCUGGCACCGCUGCGCCACCGCCUCGCGGAUCUUCUGGCCUAUUCCAACCUUCGGGACUGUCGCUUUUGCUGGCACGACAGACGUCGGAGGAAGGACUACCUACAGAUGUUCCGUCUGAAGACUCGCUACCCACACCUACCUUGGCACAUCCCCGUCCUGGCAUACAUAUGCUUCAGUUACCAGAUGUGGCCCAAUCAGACCCCAGCAUACAGAGUCUCACCGAAGUUCCGUCAAGACGGUAUUCGGAACAGUCGCAUUUACUUGGAGACAUCGAGGCUGCGCGCACAUCAUAUACCAACGGACACACUCCAGCGGGCCCAGAGACCAAUGGACAUCCACAGCCUGAGGCUGUUGGGAAGCGCACGACUCGUGGAACACUCGUGGGGUGGCUACCGGGGCCAGACAAGCUGGUAAACUUACCGGCGCUCGCGGUGAAGUCCUUACCCGCCGUGAUGUUGGGCACGCUUUUGAACAUUCUCGAUGGUAUCUCGUAUGGUAUGAUCAUCUUUCCUGCUACUGGGGUGUUCACUGGGCUAGGAGGUGUCGGUGUAUCCAUGUUUUUCGUCUCGGCAAUCAUUUCGCAGCUCGUGUACUCCGUAGGUGGCAGUGGGUUCGCAGGAGCCAAUGGAAGCAUGAUGAUCGAGGUCGUGCCCUUCUUUCACAUAUUGGCGAAUGACAUCGCGAAUCAGAUCGGAUACGAAAACAAACGCGAGAUCAUUGCCACGACGAUCGUCUCAUUCGCCCUCUCUUCUCUUCUAACAGGAUUGACUUUCUUCCUGUUGGGUGCUCUCCGUUUGGGCUCACUUAUCGGAUUCUUUCCGCGACACAUUCUUGUUGGAUGUAUCGGGGGUGUUGGUGUAUUUUUGAUUAUUACUGGCUUAGUGGUCAGCACGCGCAUGGACGACGAUGAAUUCACGCUCUCGCUGUCUACUCUCAAAUUCCUUGUCCUCAAUCUGCACAACCUCACUCUAUGGGUCCCCGCUCUCGCUCUCGCUGUCGUGCUCCGCCUCAUCACACACAAGUUUCACCAUCAGCUAAUCUUUCCGCUCUAUUUUAUCGCUAUUCCUAUCAUCUUUUAUAUCGUUGUUGCGGCCGCACGCCUCAACCUGGGCAAGCUACGCGAAACUGGCUGGGUGUUCGAUAUGGAGACCGCCGACGACCCAUGGUGGCAAUUCUAUACGUUCUUUGACUUUCGUGCGACACGGUGGGGUGUCUUAUGGUCCACUCUGCCGACACAGUUCGCCUUGCUAUUCUUUAACAUCCUGCAUCCGCCUCUGAACGUGCCCGCCCUCGCUGUCUCCAUAAACCACGACGUGGACACUGACAAGGAGCUGGUCGGACAUGGGUACUCUAAUCUACUUGCUGGUGUUUUCGGCACCGUCCCAAACUAUCUUGUUUAUGUUAACACGCUGCUAUUUUAUCGCGUCGGAGGCGACAGCCGCGUCGCCGGCUUCAUGCUUGCGGGCUUGACCGUUGUACUGUUAUUCGCGGGCACCGCCUUCAUCUCUUACAUCCCUGUCAUGGUCGUAGGUGCGCUGAUCUUCGUCCUGGGUAUCGACCUGGUCAAGGAAGCGCUCUGGGAUACGAGGCAUCGUGUCAACCGGACGGAGUACAUCACGAUCGCGAGCAUUAUGAUUUGCAUGACGAUCUGGGACUUUGUUAUCGGAGUGCUCUUCGGGAUCGUCGUCAGCUGCUUCUUUUUCGUCAUACAAAGCUCCAGGCGGCAGAGCAUUAGGGCUUUACACACCGGCGAGACAGUCAUGUCAACCGUCCGGCGCCCGGGGAGCCAUCGCGCUUUCGUCCGCGAGGCCUCGAAGCAGACGACGGUCAUGCGCCUGCAAGGUUUCCUCUUCUUUGGAACGAUUACCCGCGUCGAGGGGCAGAUGCGCACGCUCGUCGACGGCCCCGAGUGGCACGAUAACCCUGUGCGCUUCCUCAUCCUCGACCUCUCACUCGUCGCCGGCGUCGAUAUGUCCGCGGCCGAGGCCUUCGUGCGUGUACAGCGCCUCCUGUCCGCGAAGCAGGUUAUCCUCGUCUUCUGCGGGUUCAACGCCGAGACGCCGAUCGGCCGUGCGCUGCGGAGCGUGGACCUGUUGGAGAUGGAAGGUGUGGAGCUCUUUUCGGCGUUCAAUGACGCCCUGGAAUGGACGGAGAAUGCCUACUUGCGGGUGUGGUUCCAGUCGCAGAAGGUGGAGACUCGCAGCAUCGCUCUCCCUGGACGGCAGGACGAUAUCGUCUUUGGUGAUGACAUUGUCAGCACUCCGCGGCGGUCACGUCUGCUCGAGGCUGGCUGGCGGACGAUCGCCCGGGAUCAUUCGCCAGAGCUACCACUGUCCGAUAACCCGGAGCUGUACGUCACGCUCGUGAAGGCGUUCUCGUCGUAUGACGAGGUGAGCCAGGCACUGUUCGCGCCGCUGGGGGCGUACCUCGAGCGGAUGACGCUGCCGGAGGGUUUCGUGCUCUGGACGCAGGACGACGCGUCCGACGGGUUGUACCUCAUCGAAAGCGGCGUGCUCCGCGCGGUAUACCAUCUCGCGGCACACACACCCGACACCGAGGAGAGCAUGGUCGCCGGCACGCUCGCGGGCGAGCUCAGCGCGCUCUCCGAGAGCACGCGCAACGCGACGUGCGUCGUCGAGCGCCCGGCGGUUGUGUGGAAGCUCAGCAUCGAGAGUCUGCGCCGCAUGGAGACGGAGCACGCUGAGAUGGCCAAGACUCUGGUGAAGCUGAUCUUGAAAGCUGCGAAAGUGGACUACGACAUCCUGCUAUCCGCACUCGCGGCCAGACACUGACCGCUAGACUUCCAAAUUUUCACGAACAUCAUUCUUCACGCACAUAGAUCUUCAUACGUCACGAGCCACGAACCGGAAGAUAAGCACACACUAGACUGUAUACCCCGCACAUGCUUUCCAUCUUUUAUUGUAUGAAUCAUCUCGGCUCUACAAGACUGGUAUAUAUCCGCGAUCACCGUU